AUGUCCACACAGCCCAAAACGCAAUGGCUCUUCUACGCAAUCGCAUCCGGAGGCUGCGCGGCUCUUAACGGAGUUUUCGCGAAGCUCACGACGACAUCUCUGACAACCUCAUGGGCAACCGGAAUCUCGCAUCUCUUUGGACUAGAUGAGCCCAGCGUGAUCGUGGAAUUCCUCAUCAGAGGCUUCUUCUUUUUGAUGAAUUUGGCUUUCAAUGCCGUAAUGUGGGGACUUUUCACGCGUGCUUUGACUCUUGCGAGUAGCACAGUACGAGUGAGCGUAAUCAACACCAGCGCCAACUUCUUCCUUACUGCUUUGCUCGGCGCCGUGAUCUUCACAGAGUCAUUACCUGGACUCUGGUGGUUAGGUGCCGUAAUGUUAGUCAUCGGAUCCGUCAUCAUUGGACGACGAGAAGAACCUGGCAAGGAAGWUCAAGUUGGUGGAGGGACAGAGCCCGUUGUUGGAGGGGGAUCUAUAAACCUGGACUAUACGGAUGAGCCGGAUGCUCCUCCGCCUAGUCGAUAUCGAGUUGGUGAACCCAAGCAGCAAAGCCGGAGGCGGCACCGCAAGUAG